UUUCUCUGUUUUCGAAAAAAACAUAAACCUCAACUUUUUACAAGGGUUUCUUCUUUUUGUAUAUAAACAAGUAAAGAACACGUCAAUUAUUAACGAAAAAAUAAGAUUCUUUUUCUCCUCAACGCCAAAUUAAAAAAAUUAUGAAGAAAACAUGGGUUAAAAAGGAGAACAUUUACUACAAACCUUUUUACAAACACAAAUCAAAGAUGCUUCUACUCGGCAUAUUUCUCCUCGGAAUCAUUUUCUUCAUCUAUCAAGUUUUAUCAAUUAACCAGCUACCAAUAUCAAGUACACCAUUUAGCAUAGAAAGCAAUUUAGAAUUUAAAGAUAGUAAAUAUAAAAUAAUAGUUCUAAACCCAGGAAAUUCAAAGACUGUUGCCGAACAACAACAUAACGCCGCCGCCGAGUUGAGUAGCGCUGAGAAGAACAACAGUGAACCCAUUAAAAUUAUACGUGGAAUAAGACUCUUUGACUUUGAUGCCUACAAGCCGAACUUUGAAGGGAAAUUUCAAUGUUUAGAUGGCAGCAAGGGAAUUCCCUUUGUUCAAGUAAACGAUGAUUUCUGCGAUUGUGUCGUGGAUGGAAGCGACGAACCCAGCACGAAUGCCUGUGAGUUGGGAAGAUUUUAUUGUAAAUACCAAAAGCGACAUAUCACUGGGAGGGGCAGAGAUGUCUUCAUUCCUAGUAGUCGAGUGAAUGAUGGCAUCUGUGAUUGCUGCGAUGGUUCAGACGAAUGGACAACUGUCGAAUGUCCAAAUCGGUGUUCGUAAAUUUUUUGUUAAUUCGAGUAGUCAUAAUAAUUAAUCAUAAUAACGCAUUUGUAAUUUUCAUAAAAUACUUUGAAAAAGUGAUUAUUUUUAAAAUAUAUCUUUUUUAUAAAAUUA